AACCUAUAUUAGCCUAUAUUUUUUAAACUUAUAAUUGAAUAUGUACAAUUACUCACGAGAACACACUAGUCAAAAAAUACUGGUGAUACAUACGUACAUGUGUAUGUUAGUGUGUGUGUAUAUAUUUAUACGCGCACGCACACACACACACACAUAGGGCUAGAAGGGGUUAAAUAGAUUUUGCCUGGCAUUCAUUUACAUCUGCAGUGUUCCCACGUUCGAUAAUACUUCCAGUAAAAUCACAAACCUGAUGUGUCAGUGUAAUUCAGUUCUUCAUCGAUCACCAUUCAUCAUGACUGGGAAAGUUUUGUUAUUUGGACUCCUGUUCAUCUGUGUGGCUGCAGAUGCACAGAAUGCAGCAACCCCAAGGAUGCCAUUUUGUCCUGGCCCUGAAGACUUUUUGGCAUGCCCCAUGAACUAUGCCCCUGUUUGUGGUAGCGAUGGAAACACCUACGCAAAUGAGUGUACCCUUUGUGUCCACAGAAGGACAACAAAAUUGGAUGUUUUGAUUACUCACAAUGAAGCCUUUAGUCAUUCACCAGCAUUCAUCAUGAUUGGGAGACUUCUUCUUGUGGGACUUCUGCUCAUCUGUGUGGUUGCAGACACAGAGGCACGCCCCUAUUUGAACCCAAUGUGUCCAGAUGGGCCAAUUCGUUUUUGCACCAAGAUUUACAGCCCUGUGUGUGGUGCAGAUGAAACUACUUACUCCAAUGUGUGUGUUCUCUGUGAACACAACAAGCAAGUAGGGAGAAAUGUUUGGAUUGCCUAUAAGGGAGCCUGCGUAACUCCCUGAAAGUGAAUUUCAUCAGUGGAACUGUUGUAUUCACAGUAAAACCCUUUCAUGAAUAAAGGUAUUUCCAGAAAUGUGUUAAUCG